AUGCAGUACAGUCAGUCGGACGAGACUGUGAACGGACUGCCCACAGAGAACCCGUGGAUGCAGAUCAACGGGGAGGAGGACGAUUUUGAGCGAUCGUACCUGCCCCAUCGAAGAGAGGCCAACAGCAUCUACCACACGCCAGAGCACGGGUACGGAUCCCGGGACCGCCUCUACGGUAGUCCUUCUCCCCACAAACGCACAUACUCGCCCUCGCCAGAACGUCUGUACUACUCUCCCUCGCGCGGAGCAGAGUACCCGCCACGAAUCCCAAAACUCUCGCCAUUUGAGGAAAAGGUGGAAUCCAUCUCGUUGCACAGCGACCGGAGAGACCCGUUUGUGACCCAGCCUCCACAUAUCGGCGCAUACCAUAUGGAUAAUGAUGUUGACUCUGAUCACACUUUUGUGCCGUUUCCAGUCUUGAACAAUUCGUACUACCCGAUCAACACUCCUAAAGAUCACUUUGACCCGUUUGACUACCGGUACGAAGAAGAGAGCCACGAAGACUACGACGAUGACACCAGCUCGGAUGUGAGUGUGACCUCUGCCCGACAGGUGAAGAUGGUGAAUGGCAAUCUGGUGCUGGAUUGUCCCGUCAGUGAUGUGCUGCUCAACAAGUACACCACAUCGCUCUCUGAAAAAGAUCGAGAGUUCCUAUUUAUGCGGUUCCAGGCGUGCACAUGCCAGCCGGCAGACUUUGUCUUCCGCAACUUCUCGCUUCGUCAGCGAUUCUAUUCGCAGCCGCGAUCAACAGAACUGAUGGUUGUGAUUACCAUGUACAAUGAGAGCGACAUUCUUCUGGCCCGGACGCUAAAAGGAGUCUUUAAAAAUAUCCGCCAUCUGUAUUCGCUCAAACACUCGUCCACAUGGGGGCAGGACGCGUGGCAGAAAGUGGUGGUUUGUGUUGUGAGUGACGGAAGAACCAAAAUACACCCCAAGGCCAAAGCGCUUUUGGGAGCUCUGGGUGUGUACCAAGAAGGGUUUGCGAAAAACAAAGUCAACGACGAUAAGGUUGUGAGUCACAUUUACGAGUAUACCACAAUGGUCGGAAUCAGCAAGGUGGACGAGCACGAAAUCAAGCUGACCACAGAAAAUCAAAUACCCAUUCAGAUGAUCUUCUGUUUGAAGGAGACAAACCAGAAAAAAAUAAACUCGCAUGCAUGGGCUCUGGAAGCUUUUGCGCCGGUGCUCAAUCCGAACGUCGUUGUAUUGCUGGAUGUGGGGACCGAACCAGAGGGAAAAGCGCUCUAUAAACUAUGGAGAGCCUUCAAAGAUCCACGGGUGGCAGGGGCCUGUGGAGAAAUCAGGGCCAGUCUUGGAAAAAACAGCCGGCUGCUUCUCAAUCCGCUAGUGGCAGCACAAAACUUCGAGUACAAAAUCAGCAACAUCCUGGACAAGCCAAUGGAAUCUGUGUUUGGGUUUGUGACCGUGCUCCCGGGAGCGUUCAGUGCAUACCGAUACCAGGCUCUCCUGGGUGCACCGCUCCAAAAAUAUUUGAAGGGAGAAGACCUCAAAAGAUCCAACAGCGGAGGUAUAUUCAACGCCAACAUGUAUCUCGCUGAGGACAGAAUCCUCUGUUUCGAGCUGGUGGCUAAGCAGAAUUGUGAGUGGCUGCUGAAGUAUGUCAACACUGCCGCCGCAUACACGGACGUUCCAGAAGAGUUGCACGAUUUCAUUUCUCAGCGAAGACGAUGGUUGAAUGGCUCAUUUUUCGCAGCGAUCUACUCUCUGUUUCAUUUCUACAAAGUCUGGUCUACAUCUCACUCUGUGAGUCGCAAGCUCUUGUUGCACAUCCAGUUUCUCUAUCAGUUUAUUAAUCUUCUGGUGUCGUGGUUCUCGCUUGGGUCGUACUUCCUUGUGUUUCGAAUUCUGACUGUCUACCUUGCCGAGCCGGAGGCAGAUUUUGCCCCAGGAAACGUUCUGUCGGUGUUUUUUCUCUGGCUCUAUCUGGCCUCCAUUGUGACUACGUUUGUGCUUUCCUUCGGUAACAAACCGAAAGGAACAAAGAAGUUCUAUCUGGUGAUUGUGGCGUUCUUCGCCAUUUUAAUGGUGUACAUGAUAUUUGCUGCGAUCUUUAUGGCCGUGAAGAGUAUUCAGGAUAUUAUGAGCGAACACAGAGACGAUUUCAGCAUCAAGCUCAUUUUCACGGAAACACGAUUCCGCGAUCUCAUCGUGGCUACCACAUCGACCUACGCAUUGUAUUUCAUUGGGUCUUUUAUCUUUUUGGACCCGUACCACAUGAUCACCAGUUUUGUACAGUACCUGCUGCUGAGUCCAGCCUACAUCAAUGUGCUAAAUAUCUACGCCUUCUGCAAUAUCCACGACAUCUCGUGGGGAACUAAAGGAGACGACUCCAAAAACGAUUUGGGUGUGGCGAGAAUUUCAAAGAAUACGCAGGAUGGAGAGCUCGAAAUUGUCAUUCCAACCACCAAGAGCCAAAUCGAUAAUGCCUACAAAAGAAUGAUUAACGAGCUCACUACAAGACUCUCGGAAAAAGAAGUCAAAGUCAACGAGGAAGAGGAGGACGCUUUCUAUUUUGCCUUUAUCCGUUCGAUGACGGUGCUUGUCUGGAUGAUCACCAACUUCAUAGUAAUCGCGCUGGUCACCGAAACUGGCGGUCUGUAUCAAUUCACCCCGGACAGCACGAGCUCGUCGAGCUAUCUGCCAAACACGCGCAUAUCUGUGUUUUUGACCGUUAUUCUCUGGAUUGUGGCAUUCAUGGCGCUGUUCCGUUUCAUUGGGUGUUGUGCCUACCUGAUCAUGAAGCUCGUGGACUGGUUCAAGCUACGCAAAUUUAGGAACGAGUACCAGACCAAAGGAGCUGCGUUCUCUGUAUAA